CCCCCAUAUAAACCCCCACUACAUUCUGCUGCACACAGACCUCCACACUGGCCAUUUGCAAGACUUGUUGUGAAUUCCUGAAACAUUUUUCUGGAGUUUUCCCUCCUGUUAAGUCAAAGUUUUCAUCUGCACUGCACCUGACAUAACUGAGGUUGUGGCAACAUGAAAGGCAGCACUUCUUUAGUCCUCUGUGUGGUAGCUGUGACUGCAUGGCUAUUCACUUCAGAUGCCAAGGAGUUAUCCAUCACCACUAUAAAGCAAGACCCUUACACCAUGAGCAAAGGCUCUGAGCUGGAGGGCUACUGCAUCGACCUAAUCUCUGAGCUGUCCAAGAAGCUGGGUUUCAAGUACAAACUGCACCUGGUGAAGGACAACCGCUACGGAUCCAUGGACUCCAGCGGCAACUGGAAUGGCAUGAUUGGUGAGAUCAUCAGGGGGGAGGCUGACCUGGCUGUGGCCUCGCUGACCCUCACUGCAGUCAGAGAGCAGUUUGUGGACAUGACCACCCCGUUCAUGCAAACAGGAAUUGGCUUCAUCCUGCACAAAGACUUGGCCUCUGAAGAGAGCACUUUCAGCCUGCUGUCACCCUUUUCCACCGACACGUGGGUUGGCAUCCUCAUCGCAUUCCUGCUAACAGGUCUCUGCAUAUUCCUGGUGGGCAGGAUCAGUCCCACUGAAUGGGCUGAGCCAGAUGUGGAGGAGCACAGUUUCACGUUGCUGCACAGCUUCUGGUACAUCACAGGAGCUCUCACCCUGCAAGGUGCUGGUCCUCACCCUAAAGCCCUGUCUGGACGUCUAGUCAGCGCCAUCUGGUGGCUGUUUGCUGUCAUGCUGCUGGCCUGCUACUUUGGCAACUUCAACUCCAUGUUGCACUCCAACAGCAAACAUGUUUCUAUCAAGAGCUUUGAAGAUCUUGCGAACCAGGAUGUGAUCAAUUAUGGCACAGUUGAUGCUGGAUCCACCAUGCUUUUCUUUAAGAAUUCCAACAACCCUGUAUACCGGCGUAUCUACCAGAACAUGGAACGUAAGAAGAGCUACGUGUCCAACAUGGAGGAAGGUAUUCGACGUGCCCAGGAGGGAAACUUUGCCUUCAUUGGUGAGGCAGUGUCCUUGGACUUGACUGUGGCGCGCUACUGUAAAUUGAUCCGAUCACAGGAGGUCAUUGCUAUGAGAGCCUACUCCAUCGCAGCACCUCUUGGUUCCCCGCUGGUCAAAAACCUAACCAUGGCCAUCCUCCAGCUCAGUGAGUCUGGUGAACUUACAUACCUGCGGGACAAGUGGUGGGCCAGCAGCUGCGUGGGUGCUGAUGCGGACCACACCUCCGAAGCUCUACAGCCCCACCAUCUGAGAGGCCUCUUCCUCCUUCUGGGUCUAGGACUUGCUGUCGGGGUACUGCUGGCCCUGCUGGAGCUCUUGUCCAGGGCCCGAACUCAAGCUAAGGAUGGCAAGAAAUCAUGCUGCUCUGUGUUGACAGCAGAGCUGAACCGGAGGUUUGGCAGCGGAGGGGAGAGUGCAGAACAAGACAACUCAGACAAAAGCAAAGCCUAAAGAAAUAAUCUACACAUUAGCUUUUGAUAAGAUAGUGUCAGAGAUGAGAAUAAGCCAAGAGCCUCUGCUCCAUUCCAUCGAUACUAGCUUUUUCUGUGUUUUUGUAGUGACAGCCACAUGUUGUGUGGUCAUUCAGUGUGUUUUGUACUCUUCCAGAAAAGCUGGGUGACCACGUAGAGUGCUAUCAACUAGUAGUUACAGCAGAUUAGGCAACAAACCAAGGGACAUAGAGCUUCAAACUACAUGUACACCAUAUACUAUACUGUACUAUACUAAUCACUCUGACUUAACUGUUUAAUGAUGUUGCAUGUUGUCAGAUACCCAUGUCCCACUCCUAACUAACAUGCAUACAUCUCUUCUAGAGCAUUGAUAGUCUUAUAAUAGUUGCUGUUUGCUUGUAUUUUUCAAAUAAAGUCCCCAAUAUCUCAAA